AAGCAGACAUCCCCAGCACUUCACUCACACACUCGCACACACUCACAUCCUCACCCUCAUCCAGCCCCACCACCUCCACCAUGGCCACCUCUGCCCUGUCUGUCUGCUCCAGUGACCUAAGCUACAGCAGCCGGGUCUGCCUGCCCGGGUCCUGUGACUCCUGCACCGUCUCCUCCUGGCAGGUGGAUGACUGUCCAGAGAGCUGCUGCGAGCCCUCGUGCUGUGCCCCCAGCUGCUGUGCCCCGGCCCCCCACCUGACCCUCCUCUGCACCCCAGGGAGCUGCGAAUCCAGCCCCUGCUGCCAGCCAGCCUGCAGCAGCUCCUGCCCAGCCUCGUGCUGCCAGCAGUCUAGCUGCCAGGCCUCCUGCUGCACCUCCUCCCCUUGCCAGCAGGCCUGCUGUGAGCCCGUCUGCUGCAGGCCCGUCUGCUGCACACCUAUCUGCUGUGAGCCCGUCUGCUGCACACCUGUUUGCUGCACACCUGUCUGCUGUGAGACCUCCCCCUGCUCUACCUCCUCAUGUUGCCAGCAGUCUAGCUGCCAGCCCUCCUGCUGCACCUCCUCCUCCUGCCAGCAGGCCUGCUGUGAGCCCAUCUGCUGCACACCUGUCUGCUGCAGGCCCGUGUGCUGUGAGGCUUCCCCCUGCUCAGCCCCCUCGUCCUGCUGCAGACCUUCCUCCUCCUCCGUGUCCCUCCUCUGCCGGCCUGUGUGCCGCCCCGCCUGCUGCGUGCCCACCUCCUCCUGCCAGCCCAACUGCUGCCGCCCGGCCUCCUCCGUGUCCCUCCUCUGCCGCCCCGCGUGCCGCCCCGCCUGCUGUGUCCCCACCUCCUCCUGCCAGCCCAGCUGCUACCGCCCGGCCUCCUCUGUGUCCCUGCUCUGCAGGCCCACAUGCUCCCGCCUGGCCUGCUGCGUCCCCGCCUCAGCCCCGGAGCUCUGCUGCUGACUGGCCAAUCAUCUGCCCUCCACAAGCUGCUGUCUCUCUCACAAGCUCCAGGAGCCCCUCUGCUGGCCCAAGGACCUCCCCUCUCCCAAAGGUGGACAUGCAGCUGCUGCCCAGAGGGGAUUUGAACUUGGCAGACAUCCCAGAGAGCCCUCGACAGGGUGGACGGUGGGGCCCCAGGAGCCUCCUCUGCAGGACGGGCUGCUUGAAUCCCAUAUGACAAACAUCAGCUGCUCUAAUGAAUAAAGCAUUUGUGUCAGGAAAUAGGUA